AUAUUAGUCCUAGUUAUCAUGCACUAAGGGUUAAUUUAUUAAGAGAUUGCAAGCAACAAGUGAAGCUAAUUAUUGAUACUUUUCAAAGAACUUGGGCUGAAACAGGAUGCACUAUCAUGGGUGAUGGAUGGACAGAUAAUAGACAAAGAUCUUUGAUCAAUUUCUUGGUGUACUCUCCUAAGGGGAUUUCAUUUAUUAAGUCAGUUGAUGCUUCAAGCUUUAUUACAAAUGCCGAGACAUUAUGCAAUCUUUUUUCUGAUAUUAUUGAAAUGGUUGGGCCUAAAAAUGUUGUUCAUAUGGUGACAGAUAAUGGAGCAAAUUAUAAGGCUGCUGGAAGGAAAAUUAGAGAGAAAUAUGUUGACAUUUAUUGGUCUCCAUGUGCUGCUCAUUCAAUAAAUUUGAUAAUGAAAGACAUUGCCGAAAUGCCAACAGUUCAUAGUUUGGCAAUUCUUGCUUCAAAGAUAACGGUAUUUGUCUAUAAUCAUAAGUGGGUUUUGAAUUGGUUGAGAACGCAACCAAAAUGGACAGAAAUUAUCCGUCCCGGAGCUACUCGGUUUGCUACUACUUUUAUUGCAUUGAAGAGCUUGCAUGACCACAAAGAUUACUUACAAUCUUUGGUCGUAUCUUCUGACUUUAAAAAGUUUCUCAAUGUUCCAAAAGGGAGAGAAGUUAAGCAAAUUGUUUUGGAUGAAAAUUUUUGGAGAAAUUGCUUGAUAAUGGUGAAGAUAAUGGGUCCUCUAAUUCGUUUAUUACGGAUUUGUGAUUCUGAUGAAAAACCGGCAAUGGGUUAUGUGUAUGACGGCAUAUAUAGGGCCCGGAAAGGCAUCAAGGAAUUAUUUAAAGGAAAAAAACACUUGUACAAGCCCUACACUUCCAUUAUCAAAGAACGGUGGCAUAGAACUCUACGAACGGGUAUUCAUGUCUUGGCAUAUUGGUUGAAUCCGGCAUUUCAAUUUCAUGAGCACAACUUGUGCCAAAAAUUAGAAGUUCAACGGGGCAUACUUGAUGUGAUUGAGCAACAAACAUUGUUUAAAGCAAGUGACUUAAUGGAAGAGAUGAAAAUAUUUAGGGAAAGGCAAAAAACUUUUGCUCGACCACUUGCUUUAAGCACUAGCAAGACUACAACUCCCGAUGAAUGGUGGAAAUUCUUUGGUUGUGAUGUUCCUAAUUUGCAAAAGUUGGCUAUUAGAAUUCUUAGUCAAACGGCUUCUUCUUCCGGAUGCGAACGUAAUUGGAGUGUAUUCGAACGUAUACAUACCAAGAAAAGAAAUAGGUUGGAGCAUCAAAGGCUUAAUGACUUGGUUUAUGUUCAUUACAAUUUACGGUUGCAACAUAGGUUGGCUUCAAAAAAAAGUCUUUAUGAUCCAAUUGAUUAUGAAUGCAUUGAUAAAACGGAAUUUUGGGUGGUGGAAGAGGAGGUUGAAGGAGAACUUGCCUUUGAUGAGUUAGAGUCUAUGUUGGAGGAGCAACCAAGAAUUAGUGAAGAAUCAACCAACUUUUCUAAAGGUAUUGAAGAUGACAUGGUUACCGUCGAGGAGGAUGAUAAUGCAAUGAUUGAUGUUGGAAGAAUGACUAGCAAUGAUUUAGAUGAAGAAGAUUGGCUCACAUCUCCUCCAAAAAAUUAAAUUGAAAUGUUUUGAUAUGUUUAGUUAUGUUAUAUAUUGUUGGAUCGGUGGCUUUUACUUUGAUGUUUCUCAAAACAUUAUUAUGUACUUUUGUUAUGUUUUGAUAUGUGAUAUGAUGUUGCAUUGUUGUGGAGUUUUCUUAUU